AUGUGUUACAAUGUCGAAUGCGAAGGAUCGAUGUUACUCAUUCCAAAUCUUCAAGAAUCAAUCGUGGUGGUCAAUGAGAGUGGUCGAUUUCUCGUUAAAGCUGAAGCUUUCGUUUGUGAUAGUUGCAACUCUCGUACAAGAGCCACAAUCGAUGACUAUGUAUUUUCUGGAUUUUUCCCUGGAAGUUUAUCGCCAAAUGUCACCUAUCUUUUUGCAGAAGAGGCACUUCUUCUAGGACACCACAUUACUCAUAAGUCUCCUGGGUCUUCAAAAAAAAUGUAUGCACAUUCUCUUGAAGAAGUAUCAACAGAAUAUGGCCGGAAUGGACCAAUAAAUGUAACAUUAUUUACUACUGCAGAAAGAGAAUGGGAAACCUGUAGACAUAAUAUUGACGACCAAGUGCUUGAAAGGAACAAAAUUGAUUGCCCCAGCUGUGGGAAAGAACCUUUAGUCAGAUCUUCUGACGCUAUCGUAAAAUUGAAUGGGAAACCUGUAGACAUAAUAUUGACGACCAAGUGCUUGAAAGGAACAAAAUUGAUUGCCCCAGCUGUGGGAAAGAACCUUUAG